AUGCCACUCCAGCCAUGCACCUUCCUCGUCCGACGGUCCAUCGCCAGCAGCUGUCUCGGCCGCCGCACGUAUACAGCGGCUAGCGAACAGUAUGCGCGUGAGAGCGGCGUCCCGCGACGCAUCCAUGUCUACGGCGUCGGCAACGUGGGCAAGCUGGUUGCCCACUCGCUGCGCGCCGACAGCAAUCCUCCACCCGUCACUCUGCUGUUCCACCGCCCACGCCUGCUAGACCAGUGGAAUCAGAGCGACCAGUCCAUUGUUCUCGAGUCCGACGGCCACCGUGUUCCUCGUACAGGCUUCGACGUCGAGCUCGCCAUUCCACCGAGACGCAGUCAUGGCAAUCGCCUCGAUCAAGAAGACCACGAGCCACUCGACCCCAGCAACCAAGAGCCCAUUGACAACUUGAUCGUCACAUCAAAAGCCCCCGCCACUCUCAGUGCUCUCGAUGCCGUCAAGCAUCGCCUGCGACCAGAGUCGACCGUAUGUUUGCUGCAGAAUGGCAUGGGCAUCGUAGAUCAGCUCAACAAAGAAAUCUUUCCGGACCCCAUCACUCGUCCAAACUUCAUACAGGGCGUCGUGACCCAUGGUCUGAACUCUCCUGACCGCAACGAUCCUUUCUUUGCCAUUCAUGCUGCUCAUGGCACCAUCGUUCUGGCUGCCCAGCCGAGAGGUGACAUCAAAGACGACCCCUCGGCUUCUGUUCCCUUUGCACCUACAGCACGCUACUUGCUACGCACUCUGACUGGUAGUCCUGUCCUCGCUGCCGUAGGUUUCCCUCCUCUUGAGUUCAUGCAACAGCAACUCGAGAAAUUGGCUAUCAACGCCGUCAUUAACCCUCUGACCGUCAUGCUGGACGCUCCCAAUGGCUCCAUCCUGUACAACUUUGCAAUAACCCGCACCAUGCGCUUGUUACUGGCCGAGAUCUCCUUGGUCAUCCGCUCACUACCCGAGUUGCGAGGUUUGCCCAACGUCCAGGAUCGCUUCUCGCCCGAGCGUCUAGAGACAUUGAUCGUCAGUAUCGCAGAUAAGACGGGUCAAAACAUCAGCAGUAUGCUUGCCGAUGUGCGCGCCGGCAGGAAGACCGAGGUCCGCUACAUCAACGGCUACAUUGUCCGCAGAGGCGAAGAGAUGGGCAUGCAAUGCGUCUGCAAUUACAUGAUGAUGCAAUUGGUCGAGGGCAAGGUCAACAUGAUCCAGCGUGAGAAUCUUGAUCAAGUUCCUGUCGUGCAGGAAGAUCUUAAUGCACAACAUUCUUAA